AACCCAAACCCAGCCCGAACACACCAGCAACAACAAGAGACGCCAUCCCCUGAUCUGAACCCAAAAGCAAAGCUCCCCAAAACGUCUCGCCCCACCUACUAAAAAUCCCCUUCUCCGAGUCUCAGAAAUCGAGCGGAACUUCGAUUCUGCCCCAAGAGAUCUACCCCAGUUUCCCGCUUCGUCGAUUUGGUGUGCUGUCUCGUGGGAGUUGAUCUGCACAUCAACCGGAAAUUUUCAUGGGAUCGCGCAGUUUCUCGGUGCUCGAGUGAGAUCGCGAAACCGGAAGCGAGUUUAUAGGAGGGUUGUGGUGAUUCGGCUGCACGGCUGCAUGAACUGUUUUGUGAACUUGGGACUCAACUCGAACUCCAACCACUACGUCGCCUGCCUCCUCAUCUUCCUGCUGCAUUUCUCCCCACAGCCGCUGUUAAAUCAGUCCAAUUCUAAUUCCAGUAGUAAUCGUGAAGGAGAACAGAGUAGUAAAGAUGGCGAAAAACAGCUCAUUUGGUGAAAAUGUUAGGAGAAACCCCCCCACACCCUCUGCUAUUGUCAUAGGUGGUGGGUUUGCAGGCAUUGCCGCAGCUAAUGCACUCAGAAACGCGUCAUUCGAGGUUGUUCUUCUGGAAUCCCGUGACAGGAUAGGUGGUCGAGUUCACACAGACUACUCUUUUGGGUUUCCUGUUGAUCUGGGAGCAUCUUGGCUUCAUGGUGUUUGUGAAGAAAAUCCCCUGGCACCAAUCAUUGGAAGGCUUGGACUUCCACUGUACCGCACAAGCGGAGAUGACUCUGUGUUAUUUGACCAUGAUCUCGAGAGUUAUGCUCUUUAUGAUACUAAUGGACAUCAAGUUCCACAAGAGUUUGUUGAGAAGAUGGGAAAGGUGUUUGAGGCUAUAUUGGAAGAGACUGGCAAAUUGAGGGAAGAAACCGAGGAAGAUAUUUCUAUAGCUAAGGCCAUUGCAAUUGUUAUGGAGAGAAAUCCGCACUUAAGACAAGAAGGGAUGGCACAUGAUGUUCUUCAGUGGUAUUUGUGCCGCAUGGAGGGCUGGUUUGCUACUGAUGCAGAUGCAAUCUCGCUUCAGUGCUGGGAUCAGGAGGUCCUGCUGCCUGGUGGCCAUGGUCUCAUGGUUCGUGGAUAUCGUCCAGUUAUAAAUACCUUGGCAAAAGGCCUAGAUAUACGCCUUGGUCACAGGGUUGUUAAAAUUGUUCGGCACUGGAAUAGGGUGGAGGUUACUGUAAGCAGUGGCAAAACAUUUGUUGCGGAUGCUGCAGUUGUUGCUGUUCCCUUGGGUGUCCUGAAAGCAAACACCAUUAAAUUUGAGCCAAGGCUCCCAGAGUGGAAGGAGGAAGCAAUAAGAGAACUGUCGGUUGGAGUCGAGAAUAAAAUCGUUCUCCACUUCAGUGAGGUUUUCUGGCCUAACGUGGAGUUCCUUGGAGUUGUUUCAUCCACUACAUAUGGCUGCAGUUAUUUCCUCAAUCUUCACAAGGCAACGGGCCAUCCUGUUCUUGUUUACAUGCCUGCUGGUCGUCUUGCUUGUGACAUUGAAAAGAUGUCAGAUGAGUCUGCAGCACAAUUUGCCUUCUCCCAGUUGAAGAAGAUCCUCCCUAAUGCAGCUGAGCCGAUUAAUUACCUGGUGUCACACUGGGGCUCAGACGAGAACACGCUUGGUUCCUACACCUUUGACGGGGUGGGCAAGCCCCGUGACCUGUACGAGAAGCUUCGCAUACCUGUCGACAACCUUUUCUUUGCAGGGGAGGCUACAAGCGUCCAGUACACUGGCACGGUGCACGGCGCCUUCUCUACCGGCGAGAUGGCAGCCGAGGAGUGCCGGAUGCGUGUUCUUGAGAAGUUCAGGGAGCUGGACAUGCUAGAGAUGUGCCACCCGAUGGCUGAGCAGACGGCCACCGUUUCGGUGCCGCUGCUCAUCUCCCGGCUGUAAAACUACUAUAGCAGUUGCUGGACCUGGUACACAGUUUGCAGGCCAUUCCAGUGAUUGCUCGAGGAAGGCAGCGUGGGAGCAAUCUAUCCUUGCUCUUCCUUAGCAUGAGGCGUGUGUUCAUGUGAUUCCUGGAGUACCCUGAAUAAACUCAAUCGUUAGACAUCAAAUGUCGGAACAGUGGAAGUCGGUAUGUGUACUGCCAGUCAUAAAAUGUGGGUUAUGUGUCUGGUUAGGCGCGCUACGAGCUAGUAUGGCCUAGCACACCAACUUUGUGGAACGAAGAUGGUGUAUGUGUGAUGAACUCUGUAAUAUACAUUAACAUUCAUAAUGUUGGUAUUAGAAUCUGUAUUAAAAUCCACUGCGAUUGCAGCUCCAAUCCAAACAGGCUUUGUCUUC